UCCUUGCCUCUCCGUCGACUUUCUCGGCUCUCUCUUUGCCACCUGUUCUCUUUCUUUACUCCUCUGUUCUCGUGCAGAAGCUUCAUCAAUGGCUUCUCCUCUAUCCUCUGCUUCUGCUUUUCUUCUUCUUUCCCUCUCGGCUCUGUUUGUAAUCUCUCCGGUUCACUCACUCACAUGUACUUCCCAGAGCUUCACCAACAAUGCCGUCUACAAACAGUGCCUUGACCUCCCCAGGCUUUCUUCCUACCUCCACUGGACCUACGACCAGUCCAACUCUUCCCUCUCCAUCGCUUUCAUCGCCCCUCCGCCCAAGUCCGAUGGCUGGAUCGCGUGGGCCAUCAACCCAACUGGGACGGGCAUGAAGGGCGCCCAGACCCUUCUUGCCUUCAAGUCCGACGGCGACGCCAUGACCGUCAAGACCUACAACAUAAAGGAAAUCGGCCCCAUCACGGAAUCUAAGAUCUCCUUCGAGGUUUGGGACCUGAGUGCCGAGUCUGACGGUGGCGUCAUGAGGCUCUUUGCCAAGGUGAAGGUCCCCGGCAAUGCACAAACGGUUAACCAGGUCUGGCAGGUGGGUCCCUCCAUCACCGCUGGCUUGCCGGACCAGCAUGAGUUGCAAACGGCCAAUUUGAACGCCAAGACCACGUUAAGUUUGGUUGGGGAACAGAUGGCCUCUCCCUCCGGAGCGGACUCCAGGACCAAGAUGAAAAAUAUACAUGGAAUACUGAAUGUCGUCAGUUGGGGCAUUCUGUUUCCUAUUGGGGCUAUCGUUGCGAGGUACAUGAGGACUUUUGAGUCUGCGGAUCCGGCAUGGUUCUAUCUUCAUGUUUUGUGCCAAGUAUCUGCUUAUGCAAUCGGGGUGGCUGGCUGGGGGAUUGGUCUUAAGCUUGGAAGUGAGUCAGAGGGGGUCCAAUUCACUGAUCACCGCAAUAUCGGGAUAGCCCUCUUUUGCCUCGCCACAGUGCAGAAUGUAAAGCAGAGUUCUCCAUCAAUUAUCUUUGGAACUCGGAAGGCCACUUCCAUCUCCGGCAGAGGCUACAGCACCGUUGAAACCAAAUCAACGAACAACCUUUACUUGCCUGCCGUGAAUGGCAAAGCCUUGCCGACAGCCAUGCCUUGUUCUUGAUUACUGAGAGGGAGUCAUGUAUCUUUGCUUUAUUCUUGAGGCCAAAGAAGGACCACAAGUACCGCUUGUAUUGGAAUAUCUACCACCAUGCCAUUGGAUACGCCAUACUUGUCCUUUGCAUUCUCAAUAUUUUUAAAGGUUAUGACAUCUUGCAACCUGCAAAGAAAUGGAAAUCAGCUUACAUGAUUCUGAUCAUUGUAUUGGGUGCGAUUGCCUUCUUGUUGGAAGCGAUUACAUGGAUUGUAGUCUUGAAGAGGAAAUCCAGCAAUUCCACCAAGCGCUAGAUGGAUUCAACAAUGAAGAAGGCAGGCAUUAGUUGCUCAUUUAGGUUCAAAUACAUUUGGUGCCGUUCUCUCAUGGCAGAUACUGAUUUUGUAAUAUCCUUCUCUUCCUGAUUUGUGAUAUAACUUUCUCUUCCAAACUUUUGUUUGGUUUGUGUAUGACAGCUUGAUUUCUCUAGGAUAUUGUACACAUAAAGAUUGUUCAAUCUUUCAGCUAUACAUGUCUUCUGUCUUCCGGAGGUUUGAUUGAUGAAACUUUCAAGGAUGCCUGCCUAUUGACAAGAAACUUGAAAGAGAAUUAUUCCUCCA